AUGCUCUCAUUCACUCUUCGGGCGAUCUUUGCACAUCUACUCUUUGCAGUUGCAGCUUCUGCUAGUUGCAAAUCCUCUCCCAAUAAUUCGAGCUGGCCUUCUGCAAACGAAUGGCGGGCACUCAACCAGUCCAUACAGGGGACCCUCAUAAGAACUGCCUCUGCAGCCUCAUCAUGCUACCCUAGAAAUCCAUUUGGUUCCCCCGAUAACUGUACUGUUGUGAAGAACCAUUGGACCUAUGUCUCAUACCAUUCCGCCUGGCCUGAGAGUGUCGACUACCCAAUAUAUACCAACAACUCUUGUCUACCCCAGGGGGCGACUGGAUACACCAAGGAUAAAGGGUGCGAAAUUGGUGGCUUGCCGCAGUAUACCGUGAAUGCCACGACGGAGAUGCAGAUUGCUACUGCGCUGAAGUGGGCUUCUAGCAGGAACAUUUGUGUAGUUGUCAAGGGGACAGGGCAUGAUCUCAAUGGCCGUGGAAAUAAGUGGGGAUCUGCCAACUUCGCUGCACAUACCGUGCACAGGGCUAUCGUAGGCGGCGAAGACUCUACAGUUAGUUUGGGUGGUUUGAUACAAAACGGUGGCCAUGGGUGGCUGUCAAGCCAUUAUGGUCUUGCGUCGGACCAGGUAUAUCAGGUCACUGUCAUCACCACUGAUGGUAGGCACCUUGUUGCCAAUGCAGCGCAGAACGAGGAUCUUUUCUGGGCUGUUCGCGGCGGUGGAGGAGGACAGUUUGGCGUGGUGACCGAGUUCGUUCUGAAAACUUACCCAGUACCUGAGAACAUGGUCACGGGAGGGUUUCCUUUCCAUGCAGCUUCCCAGUCCAACACCAGCGAAAGUGCUUCUUGGAGUGCUAUGGCCCACCUUGCUUCUCUCAUUCCCAAUAUCAUGGAUACUGGUCUCACAGGCAGCGUGUCCGCAUUUACGGGUGAACAGGCCGUGGCGCUGAUUGGUCUAGAUCAAUCCGCUCCAGGGGUCGCUGCGUCUGUGAGUCUGACUGGGUUUAACAUGACUACUCGUGGAAUAAACGCUACUAUCAACAAUCUAGUUGCUCAGAUAGCCAACAGCACGCAAGGGAGCUAUUUGAACUUUGCUUUGACAGCACCAAAAUCUAAGGGUUACUACGCCCACACUGGCUCUAGCACCGGUGCUGGGGCUGUCAGCUUGCUCACCAGUCGCCUCUUAGGCCGACAGGAACUCUCCGACAUUGCCAAAGACGACCUAAUCCAAUACCUUCAACAAAUUCUCGUUUCUCAGGGCUCCACUGGAUCGAUGCUACUCUUCGGUCUACAAUCAGGGCUUAGGCCCGCUAACGUCCCAGAAGAAAUGCGUGGAAGUGUGCUUCCAGCCUGGCGUCAAGCCUAUGCACAUGUCAAGACUUAUGGGGCAUUGAUAAACGCCACUGGUGAUCCAAGCGAGUCCCUCAAAUCAGGAGCUGAAUACUACGAGACAGUCAAAGAGCCUGUAUGGAGGAAAUGGGCUCCAAAUACAGGUGCCUACAUGAAUGAGGGGAACCCAUUUAGCACUACGUGGAAGCAGGAUUUCUAUGGUGAGAACUACGAUAAGCUUCUUGAAAUCAAACGUAAGUAUGACCCCAGUGAAAGUUUGUUUAUCUGGAGUGGUCUUGGUAGUGAUAUGUGGAACUACGACCUGAGAAGCGGAUUGCUGUGUCGGACAUCCUAA